CUUGCUUUGUUGCCUUCACAAACUGCUUUUGAAACCCCCCACUCUUCUAUCGGUAUCUGUUGCUUUUGUCACUCUUUACACAAGUGUUUCCUUUUCCCCUCUUUUCUAUAUCUUCGUGACCCACAAGAAAAAUACCCAUGAAUGGACUCUAGGAGCGCCACACAUGGAAAGGGGUUCGAGCUCUUUGACCGUUUCCAGCUCUUCGGCCAACUCGUCUGAGUCGCUCAACGGGUUGAAAUUUGGGCAGAAGAUAUAUUUUGAAGAUUUGGGUGUUGGAGCUCCGGCCAAAUCGGGAACCGGGUCCUCCUCCUCCUCCUCUGCCGCCGGCUCCGGUGGUCGCCCACCUCCGGCGCCACCAAAGAAGGUAAGAGGUAGUGGGGUUGUUCAGGGAGGCCAACCACCGAGGUGUCAAGUUGAAGGGUGUAAAGUAGAUCUGAGUGAUGCCAAAGCUUACUAUUCAAGGCAUAAAGUGUGUGGUAUGCAUUCGAAGUCUCCAACGGUCAUUGUUGCGGGCCUUGAGCAGAGGUUUUGCCAGCAGUGUAGCAGAUUUCAUCAGCUUGCCGAAUUUGACCAAGGAAAACGAAGUUGUCGUAGGCGCCUGGCUGGUCAUAAUGAGCGUCGCAGGAAGCCACCACCUGGAUCUUUAUUGUCCUCACGCUAUGGGCGACUUUCUUCAUCCAUUUUUGAAAACAGCAGCAGGGUGGGAGGAGGCUUUCUGAUGGACUUUGCUGCAUACCCAAGGCAUCCCGAGAGGGAUACUUGGCCAACUACAAGAGCAUCUGAUCGGGUACCUGGAAAUCAAACCACUGCGAUGGGAAGGUUUCUUCCACAUCCAUGGCAGAGCAACUCUGAGAAUCCUCUCUUUCUGCAAGGUUCAGCAGGCGGGACCAGCUUUCAUGGUCCUGGAAUUCCUUCAGGAGAAUGUUUCACAGGGGCCUCCGACUCAAGCUGUGCUCUCUCUCUUCUGUCAAAUCAGCCAUGGAGCUCCAGGAAUCGAGCAUCUGGUCUUGGAGCAAACAGCUUCAUGAAUCCUGAAGGGGCAUCCAUGGCGCAACCCACAGCUCCUCAUAGUGCAGCUAUCAAUCACUUCCCAAGCACCUCGUGGGAUUUCAAGGGCAAUGAAGGUAGUAGCAGUUCGCAGGAGAUGCCACCUGAUCUUGGUCUUGGUCAAAUUUCACAGCCUAUUAAUAGCCAGUUCUCAGGUGGGGGCGAGUUGCCCCAACAGAGUGGAAGGCAAUACAUGGAACUCGAGCACUCCAGGGCUUAUGACUCUUCCACUCAGCAGAUGCACUGGUCACUUUAGGUGCCAACUUACCAUCUGGUUUGUAUGAACACCUUUAACAGCUUUGGUUCAAAAAACUACUUACAAAUAUCCUUCAGGUGGAUACCUCCUGAUCUUGUGUUUUGCUAGGAGAAAACCCAAAUGGUUCUUGAUCAUUGUUUUGCUGGGAAAAACCUAAAUGGCUCUUGAUCUUUGUUUUUGAGACCUAAAUGGCGCUUGAUCUUUGUUUUGCUGGGAGACCUUAAUGGCUCUUAUCUGUGCUUGGUUUGAGUUUCUCAAUACUGAGAAGCAAGCUUAAGCUUGUUCUAAUUGCUCUUUAUAAGAUCAUAUGACCUUUCCAA